UGCCAAUAAUUAGGGCAUUCUUUCAUUAUAGGUCCAGGACAUGCCUACAAAGAAUCAAGAAUGUACACGCACGGGAGGAGAAGCAAGCACAUGUAAGAAGAGAAAGGCUUCUUUACAGUCCAACUCCAACCGAGAAGAUUCUCCGCCUCCGAGGGAUGACCUUUCACGCAUAUUACGCAAGAGCCUACUUCCCCGUGGUUAUCCUAUGCCAUCUAAGAUUGCUGGGGGCAUGCGCUUGGUGAAUACAUUUGAGCUCUGCUUUGGAAAUUUAGAUGGCUACAGUGAAGAGCAAACCAGUACUAAGUUGCUUGCUUUGAGCCUAUGUCAAUCCAUUGUUUCACUUGCUGCUUUUAAGGGUAAAACUAGACAGUUAACAUGCACAGGCACAAUCAUACAGCACACAACAUCCAGCAUGAGCAUUCUAACCUCUGCGAGCUUGAUUAGAUCCUCUGAAGAUGAAAGUAAGAUGCUUGAUAAACUGGAGAUUAAGGUGCGCCUGCCCAAUGGCAAGCUUGUUGUAGGAAAACUGUGGAAAUAUGAUCUUUAUUAUAAUAUUGUUGUUGUGAACACCAAGGCUUUUCCAGAACUUCGUGCAGCAUGCUUUCAUAAUGAGGUGCUAGCUAUUGUCAAAUAAUUGUCAAAUUCUCCCAAAGUAAACUGGUAGCUAUGGACGAGUUUUUGAAUCUGGAGAAUUAAUGGCUACAGGUGGGACACUGUUGUACAAAACUUGCAAAUACGAUUGCCAGCAACUCAUGGCAUUUACU